AUGAAUAUAGCUUACGAUUCUUUAGGCGCCGCUUUUUUCAUUCAUAUCAAAGGACAAGUGGAUAUAUUAAGUAAACGCUUGGAGGAGAUUGGUCAUAAAUCCAGCUCUAAGCAGAAUCACUCACAUAUUAAUGAAGAAUUGAAAGCUUGCGCUAUCUACUAUGAUCGCAUACUAGAGCUAACUCAUAUGAUGGAGGAUUUAAUGUGUUUACCGCUCUCUAUACAAAUCUUGUGUUCGGUUUUGGUGUUGAUAGCAAACUUUUAUGUCUUUUCUAUGCUUACCACAGGUGACGAAAUUUUAAAUUUUAUCCGCUGUUUUCUCUAUCAAUGCUGUAUGUUUACCCAAAUAUUUAUGUUGUGUUACUUUGCCAAUGAAGUUACAUUGACUAGCGAAAAACUUUCGUUAGCCAUUUAUAGAGCUGGCUGGGUCGACUGGAAUGAGGAAAAUCGGAAACUCGCCCUGCAAAUGAUGGGUCGUCUCGACUUACCCAUUCACAUUAAAACUAUAAAUAGAUGUUAUUCUUUCAACUUGGCGGCUUUUACAUCCAUUGUUAACUCUUCGUACAGCUAUUUUGCUUUAUUGAAAAACUUGAAUUAA